CCGUUCGCGUGUCAUCACAAAUGUGUACGUGCGACGCUCGGGCUCGUACCAGCUGCAAGAGCUGUAAGAGCUGGACUGACUUGUCUCGGUGCCUAACCUCACUUUUUUGAUCGCAGACGACGCGUCAAUUCUGGAACAAAUACACAAAUUGCUAAAGCUCGCAUAGCAAGCGGCACUUCAUGACAAGUGUUUGCAUGCUUGAAUCUCCAUCGAGUGCAUAUGUGCGUGUAUCUGUAUAAAUACCAGUGUUGAUAAAGCCGCAUAGGUCCAUGGCAUCGUACUAAAUAGCCGUCUGUCACGCUAUAUCUUUCUCUCCUCCUUUCUAUUACUUCUUUCUUUUUUUUUCAUUUUUUCGCGGAGAAAAAGGUGCGCGGAUAGCCACGCACUCGAGUCCGUGUGUAUAUGUGUGUUUGUACGUGCACGCGUGUGUGUAUGUCUGUGGACCUGUGAGGCGCGAAGAACUGUCCGCGGCGCGUCCUUCACGCUGUGGAAUAUGAAGAGCUGAGAGUGAAACACAGGAGGUUGUCGCCUUUUCAUCCAGUCCGGCUGGUAAUCAUCAUCCUAGUGCGGCGGUGCGGCGAUGAGCGGGUCGCGGCUUGGUAGAGGUCGAGCGGGCCGCUUGGCGUUGUUCGUCUGCGGCCUCCUCGGUGUCAUCUUCUUCGUGUUCCUUUAUCGCUCGACCAGCACCGAAAUGGCAAGACUCAAGGACCUCCACGUGAAGUGCGCUCAGCAGCAGGAGGCGCUCGCUGCCCAAUUACAGGUGAUCUACGAGUACAAGGUGCAGCUGGAGAAGACGCUGUCGAACGAGAAGAGUGCCAACGCCGCGGCCAAGGAGGAGCUCCAACAGAAGGCUACACGCGAACGCUCCCUCCGCGACAAAGACACCGUGGAGGCGAGCCAGCGUUACAACGCUCUCCAGCAGAGCUACAACAUCCUCAAAGCCGAGCUUCAAGAUCUCAAGGACGAGGGUAAGAAGAAGGAGGAGGUGGCGCGAGAGAACAUCAAGCAACUGGAGAAGACCCUGCAGGAGCUCAGGGCCAAGCAGAAGAAGGACCUCGAGGCGUUCGAACACCUCAAGGACGAACACGUGCAGGCGCUCAGCGAGAAAGAGCAGAUCGAGAACAAGUACGAAAACCUGAAGAAAGUCACCAGCGAGGACAACGGCAAUGUCGAGCGACUGCAGAAGCAGGUCAUACAGCUGCAGCGAGAACUCGACGAAGCCAAGAAGACUCCUCAUUUCUCGGUGGGAGGCGUGCGAGGUGCGAAGCUUGAAAGGUCCCAAGUGCUACCGAGGCUUCCGAACGAUGCAGCCAGCCUCAGCGACAACGACGUCAAUAACAACGAAAACAGCUACAAUAACAAUGCCGAUAAUAACCACAUCGAGAAGCCAAGCAACGCGGAGAGCAAUAACAAAGACAACUUGGCUCAGAUGUUGCGACCGUCGUCACAACAGCAGGCGGUUGCUUCGGUAGCGUCGAAACCAGGGAUAGAAAAUUCAAGUAAGCCAUUGGCACUACUGAAUAGGUCACCGGUGAAAUUACCAGUAGGGGUACCACCAAUACCCAGACUGAUUGAACCUGAUGCGAAAAAGGAAUCAGCGGGUCAAGCACCGCCACCACCGGAACCGGAACCCGAAACCCAUGUCAAACACAUUGGAGAGCAAAUUAUUGACAGACACGAAGCUGAAUCGAACUGGUUCAAAUUGAAACAUGGCGUCCAGGAAGUUGGCGAUCCACAUCACAUCGAGAAGAGCGGAUUUGAAAAUGCCGGGGGCAAUGAAGAUGUUGAACAAUAUGAUGAUUAUAAUUAUAAGGAACCACAAAAUAAGAAUGGAGAUCUUCACCUUGAGGAAGGUGAAGAUGAACGUGAAGAUGAAGAUGACUACAUGCAUAAUAACAUGAAUGCUGUAAAACACGAGUGAAGUUUAAUCUUCACAAAUUAAGGUUAUGGAAACAUGAAAUCUCUCUUUGAACAGUUAUUGACAGCAGUGGCAGUUUUUAUUAAUAAAAAAUAGUAAAAUCUUGAUAAUUUGAUACUGAAGAGUUUGGGUUUCCAAGUCAAAUUAUUGAAGUUUGAAUUAGCAAGGUAAAUUUUAUGGAAAAUUGAAAAAAUUUCAAACUAUUAAGAUCGUCAAGAUUAUUAUUUAUUUAUUCAAAAGAAGGAAGUCAUUUUCGCGGAGUUUGAAUUUGGUUAGUGCAUAACUUCGACCGAGAUGGAAGUAAUUUGUUUUUUUAUUAAUUUAAUUUUAGUUUCAGUCGUAUUUUUUAAAAACUGGUGUUUGUAAGGAGAAAUUCAUUACGUACAUUUGCU